GAAAAUAUUGAAUUUAUUUUUUAAAAAUGUUACAAUAAUAUUCAGAACCUCCAUAGCGUCUGUAACAGGAUUAAAAUGAUUGCUGUGACCAUAUAUGGGGAAAAAAAUACAAGGAAACUAGUGACUGGGAUGGGAAAAGUUUUUUUUUUCCCCAUCAGAUACUUAGACAGAUCCCAAAGUAUUUAUAUUAUAUGUAAGCAAAAAACCUUUUUUCCCCUCCCUUUUGGCAUAUCCCGUCAGUCGUCACAGCAAAUCAGCUUUCACUGGUUUGGCAGAGAAUUUUACCCCAAAUAGCUAUCCUGACACAACCCUGUAUUUUAGCUAGGUUGGCUACAAUAUGAAAAAAAUAAAACACUUUGGGAAAAAAACAACGUUUCAUGUCCAAUUACAGUCCUUCUUGAGGAAUUCCUCAGUAAACAGUAGUGUUUUGGCCAUCAAAAAUGCAGUUUAUAUGCGAGUGAUUUAUGACCCCUUUUGCUUGCCAUACCCAUGCCGGGCGUCAUGACGCGAUGCGUGACGGGUUACUCCUCAGAAAUUUAAUAAUUUUUUUUCUAAAUUUGAAGCUUUUUCCUGAAAUUGACUUUAUAUUUGAGUUUGUAUCUAAAUGUUUCUAAUGUUUUGUUGAUUUGCUUCGACUAUAAUUUUGUUUGUUUUUUUUACUGCAAUUUGCUCAUUUUUUGUAGAUUUAUUCUAAAACUAUCUUUUUUUUAACCUUUCAACUGAAAGGACUGAGGAGAGCAAACCCCUGUGACCACUCCCUCAGUGGACUAUCGUUUCCAGUAGUGCGCCUCCUCCUCCUCCUCCUCCUCCUCCUCCUCAUCUUCUCCUCUCUCUGUGCGUAACAGCAACGCCGCGCCGCGGCUCCGAUCAGGAAGUGAAUUUGGAGAAAAUAGGCGACAGUGGAGGUAGGAUGACAUAGAGAGGAGAGCUGGGAAAGAAGAAGCCUGUUUCUGGACGUGUUUGCAGCGGAGUCUUCUGGAUCGGAACCUUCCGGAGCCACAAAAAUAAAGAAAAUGCUGAUAAAGGAAUAUCGAGUGCUUCUACCCAUCUCUGUGGAAGAAUACCAGGUCGGCCAACUGUACUCAGUGGCUGAAGCCAGCAAGAAUGAGACGGGUGGAGGUGAAGGAGUGGAGGUGCUAAAAAAUGAGCCCUAUGAGAAAGAAGGAGAGAAGGGCCAGUACACACACAAAAUUUACCAUUUGCAAAGUAAAGUGCCGUCAUUUGUUAGAAUGUUGGCUCCUUCUUCGGCUCUCAACAUUCACGAGAAGGCCUGGAACGCGUAUCCAUACUGUCGCACAGACCAGAAUACCCAGACACCAGCGGAUUCACAUCCUCCUUUAUCUCAACUGUCUCAACAUCUGACUGGCUGGUCCAAAACCCACCUCCAGCAGUAGAAUCUGGUAUUCAAGGAUCUGGACCCAACCCACUCUCAGUAUUCAGCUGAUCUCUUCCACCUAGUCCUUCCUUCCUUAAGGCCCAUCCGUUCUUUACUUGAUUUGUCCACCUAGUGUCCAAAUGUAUACUCUGAAGCCUUCGGCAUAGAUCUUGUCAGUUGUUCCUCUUCUUCUCUCUCUGCUUAUCCUGAACUACAGAGAAUAGUAUAAUUUAUCUACUUGAGAUAUACAAACAGUGUAUAUAAAUAUAUAGUUUAAGAGGGGAGGGGAAUUGUAUGCACAUACACAGACACGCAAAGCAAUUUUUAAAACGUCUGAAGUUCUGUAGGUGUGUCCGUAUGUUUAUUCUCAUUUCCUCUUUUUGUCCAGAUUUUGUGAUUCGUUUGUGUGAGUGUGUGUGUGUGUGUUCGUAGUAAAUCCUUUUUAUUUGCUGCACGCAGCACUUGGGUUUUGCUUUUCAAGUCCAAUUCCAGAGCAUAGAAACCGCUCGACGCUUCUGUUCUGACUGACCAGAAAGGAAAUCCUCUCCUCUCCCUGGACCUGCUUCCACAUGCUGAGGCAUUUGUUAACCUUUUCUGCUGCUUCGUGAGUCCGUGUGCCUGUGCACGCUUAUGUUAGUGUGUUGGUGUGCUUGUGUGUGUUUCUGUGGCAUUGUACGGUUUCCAGCCAUUAAAGAAAAAAAAGAAAAAAACACAUUUGUUUUAGCUCUUCAGUGAUGAUUUUGCUGCUUCUUGAACAUGCAGUGAUGGAAAAUGUGGAAAUGCAAACACGAAAAUAACGUGUGGAGACGACGAAAACCGCCAUGAAUCUUUGACAUCCAAAACCCUCGUCCUGUUGCUCGUUAGGUCAUCUCCAGUGGAUAAAUGGUCUUAUCCAGCGAUAGCAAUAACUGUCAUGACAUGAUGGUCUCUUUUUCAUCGUUGUGAUUUUAUCUGACUCUUCUGUUCUGUGAGAUCAGUAUUAGCAAAGCAGAGGUCUAGCUGAAGAGCAACUACGCUGCUGAGGAACAACUUUUUAAGCGCUGGUUUGAUUUCAUCUGUCUUUACAUGAAGUGAUUCACUUUUUUUUCUCCGAUCUGAAACAUUAGUGUGUUGUGUUUUUGUUAAGUGUGAAUGAAUGUAUCUGAGCUACACACAAUAGUGUAUCUUUGAGGAGAGAUGGUGCUAAGCCGGGUUAAAAAGAAAAAAAAAGGAACACCAGACAUUUUCUGCUCCUUUUCCUUCACGUCGUCUCGGCCUCUUUUGUCUUACUUUACAAAAACCUUAAAUGUUGUGGUAAAAAUCCAAUCACAUAAUGCUUUACAGCCCUUGGUUCCCAUAAUUCCUGCAUCAACAGCCCUAAAGGUAAUCAUGUUUCGCGAGUUUAUUGACAUAAAUUCAUUUUUUUGCCUGUAAAUAAUAGUAAAUCAAAAAAAUUCUAUUUAUUUUUUAUUUUUAGAAAUACGAUUAUAUAUAUGUAAAAAUUUAUAUUUGAAAAGGAUAAUUCUGCACAUGUAUUUGGAGUCAGAUUGAAUGUUAGCCUUUUUUUAAAAAAAAAUCUGUUCCGAUUAAGCGCUUUUUUUUUUUUUUGGCAAUUAUUGGGGAUUAAAGAGCUCAAGCUCUGAAAAUUUAAGGCGGCAUUGACCUGUUAGAGAUACCGUAUUUUUCGAACUGUAGGGCGCACUGGAUUAUAAGAUGCACCGUCAAUAAAUGGUCCAUUUUCAGAAUGAUGUCUCCAAACUAUAUGGCGCUAUAAGCAAAACAAAAGCGUCAGCGAUACGUUCGUCAGUCAGACUUUAUUAACUGUGUUCACAGUAAUUCUAAAGAUGCUACAAUGUUAGCCACGUUAGCUUAUUCACAAUAACUCCCAACCAUGUUUGCAACACUUAAAAAAACAAAGUGAUAUAGGUAAAACAAACGAUACCGUGAGUACGCUAACGUCUAACCUUGAUAGUAACACGUAGAAAUUACAGUCUGACGCCGCUACGUGUUAGCCUAUUCACAAUAACUCACAAGCUUGUUUGCAACGCUCAAAAAAACCAGACUGAUAGGGCUAAAACAAACAUUAUUCCCAACUUUGUUAGUACUAAAUAAAAAAAACGUAGCCCAACACCGCUACACAUUAGCCGCAUUGGCAUAUUUACAAUAACACCCAACCUUGUUAGCAACUCAUAAAAACCAGACUGAUACGGCUAAAAAAAAUGUUUGUAACUAUGCUAACUAUUAACCUUGCUAGUAACUCGUAAAAAGUCUUACACUGCUACACAUUAGCUGUGUAAUCGGAAUUUACAAUACCAGCAGCUGUCAACCUUGUUUACAACACGUAAAAAACCCCCAACAAACCAUAGGCUACUGCUAAAACAAGCGUUACUGUGACUUUGCUAACUACCAAUCUUAUUAGUAACACGUGAAAACGCACGGACAUUGCUACAAAUUAGCUGCAUUAGCAUAUUUGCCAAAACACCCAACCUUGAUUUACAACUGAUAAAAAAAAACAGUCUGAUUUGACUAAAAAAAAAAAUGUUUUUCUUAGUAUGCUAACUCCUAACCUUGUUAGUAGCUCAUAAAAAAACACAUUCUGACACUGCUACACAUUAGCCAUGUUAGCAUAUUUACAAAAUCAGUAACUUUCAACCUUUCAACCUUUAAAAAACUGACGGAAAUCGCUAAAACAAACUGUGACUACGCUAACUAACAAUCUUGUAGCUAAUACGUAAAAACACACAGUCUGACGCUAGCUACAAGUUAGCCGCGUUAGCGAAUUUACAAUAACGCCCAAUAUUGUUCCCAACCUAUAAAAAGACAAAAAUGUUGAAAAUGCUGUGUACUUCUCAAAAUUGCUUUUAACAUCAAGCACAAUCAUAAUUAAUCUUUGUAUGAGGCUUUCUGGCUUAUAAGGCCCACUUAUGAGGGUUUUUUUUAAGAAAAAAGAAAGACUUUAAAGUGCAUAAAACAUGGAAGGUUUGGCGAGAUUCAUUACUAACUUCUCAUCAAUUUCAGAAAUCUAUUAAUAUUUCAAUUAGGUUUCUCCUUUCAAAAUAAAUCAACUUUUGGGGAUUUUUUUCAUUGCACAAUUGGUAUAAAAUGAUGCAACAUUUAUGGUUCAGUUAUAUAAUUAUUUCGCUUUGACAAACUCCAUUUUCUGUCUGAAAAUACCACCGACCCUAAACGUUCAACCAUGUCUUCUCCAUCAAUCAUCUUGCUCUGUGUCUGUGAGGCUACCAAUCAAAUCAUGGAGAUCUGUGGACGUACUGUAUGUACUGACCUUGUAAAUAGUAAAAUCAAUAAAUGUAGAUGAACACACAUAUAUAGAUGAAACUGUCCUGCCAAACGUGCAGCAAGCCCUCCUUGAUCCUGCUGUCCAGCCACAAUCCUAGACCACCAUGUAGUUGUCUAAAAAUUAAGCUGCAGCUGCUAGAAUGUGUAGAAAUUUUGGAAGUUUUCAAAGAUUUAAAUCCAUAUUUCAAUAGUUCAAAGACUCCUUUGCGAGACGUCUCUUUGGCAGGACAGUGUAUGAAUAUAUUUUUGUUCUGAAUGUUGUUGUAUCUCUGUUGUCAGUCUCUGAGCAACUCUUGCUUCUCUCACUGAAACAUGGAGCGGCAGGCUUAAUUAAGCUUGGGGGUGAGCACGAAGCGAAGCUUCAAAGCAUUCGGGAUCUGCCCUCCUUUUGUCUGCAAGCAUCUUCUAUCAAACCUACGAGGCUGCUGGACUUUUUAGCUUCACGGAGGGGUAACAAAAAUGUUCAAAUGAGGAUGUUUUUUUCCAUUCUAGGAGCCUGAACAUGCAGAUUUGUGAGAGAAGGUGUUUUGACAGAGACAAUCUCAUAGAAAUCUGUUGAUAGAUUCUGUAAUUUCUAAAAUCAGAGUAUAAGGAAACCAAAUAUUUCCAUAAUUACCCCCGAAAUGUUUUUAAAUCUCCCUCACUCCUGUUAUCUGGUCUCCCAUUUUCUUUAUUUUAUUGUGAAUUUGUGCCUUUUGGUCAUCUUCUCUAAUAACACUUCUGUAAAUCGGAGAUGUAAAGAAACAAUAAAAUGGAAUUAAGCAACUGAA